UACACUACACUUAUUUCAAAACCUCUACUCACACUUUCAAAUACUUGAGCUAUAGCAAAUAAUAGAGACGAACUGAAGGUGCAAACAUGUUGGCAAGUAAUUGUAUGCAAGAAGCAAGCGAAAAUAAGGAAGGAGAAAGAGUAAUGGAAAAUCUAGAUGAAUGUCCAGUAAGAAUCAUGAAGCAACUAUAUGACAUUGAAUGGAGGAUUAGAAGAGUGGAGUAUGAGUACAAAACCGAGAAGAUUGAAAGGUCUUUGGUUAAAUUCAAAUGUGAACACAUUAAAAGCGAGAUAACUAUAAUGAAUGGAGUGCUGCAGCUGGAAGCAUAUCCAAACCCUGAAUACUUGAAGGAUCAUGUUGAAGGCAAGCUAAAAUGCGUAAUAGAAGAAGUUGACGAUGUGCUUUCUUUCAAGUUAAAAGAUAAUCUCUAUGGGGAGGAGGUUGGAGAGUUUAUGGAUCCCCACAAUUGGCUUCGACGGCAUGAAUCUUCUUCUUCUUCUGAUUCCAAGCUUGGUUUAGUGGAAAAGGAAGAAAUCGAAGUUUCAAAAUGGUUAUCCGCCAUUGCUAAGAGGAUGGAGAAAAUCAGGAUGUUGGUUUCCCAAUUCACCCCCCAGCUCGAGUAUCCACCAAUAAAUAGUGGGAAUAUCACAAGGUAUGAGAAAAUGCUAUCAAACACGAGUGCAUGCGUUGAUAUGUGCAUUGAAGAGAGCCUGCUGAUAUCGCCCAUGAUUGCCACUCUCAAGAAGAGCUACGACCAUCUUCCUACCAAAUUGAAGCUCUGCUCGCUCUGCCUUGCAGCAUUUCCUGAGAACUUUGUCAUCAAGAAAAUCCCACUAAUCUAUUGGUGGAUGGCAGAAGGCUUCAUCACUGAAGAAGUAGAUGGAGAAGAAAACAUUAUGGAACUCAUCCGUCUGGGAUUUAUAGAACCAUAUUAUUAUAAAGGUGACGUUCAAAGACUCAGUAGUCUGGGAGUAGUAGGUGCUUGUACAGUGCAUCCUUGGAUUCGAAAAAUGCUGGUUUCCAUCGCAAUGGACACUCAAUUUUUUGAAUUUUACGGUAGGCAGCAGCUGGGGGGCCAGGAGAAGAAGAAAAUUAGCACUAGUCCAGGUUUUCAUGGCCGGCCAGCACAUGCCUGUUUGUUUUGGGAUGAAGGCGCAGAAUAUGAAAACUACCACAGUUUCAUGAGGAUAAUCAAGAUUGUGCGGUGGGUAAAGCCUGGUCUCAUUUUGUGUGAGAAAGAAAUUAUUAAUAAAGAAAUUAAAGAAGCGAUGAUCUCUGAUGGGGUAAAAGGGUAUCGUCAUAUGCAAGAAGUUUGGGAUAUGCUUUUUGCUUUUCGAUUAUUGAUUUUGUGUGUAAGCAAGCUGCUGAUGGAUAAUUCUGGAGUGAGAGACAGGAUAAGCCCUUGGGAUGGUGAUGAAAAGCAUGAGGCACUCUUGGAGAGGCUAAGAGAAUUGGAGACUGAUAUUCAUCAAAAUGAAAAAGAUGUCCAAGUUCUGUUUGAGAAGCAAAACGAAAUGCAGAGUGAUCUUAAAAAAGUAUUAAUGUGGGCAAAGGAGCAGGUUCAUGUUCUAGAGAUGCUGGUGUACGACAGAAAAAGGAACCGCCAAGAGUUGCAGCGUACAGAACAACUAUUUGCCCGUUAUGACCUUAGCUGUUGCAGUAGCAGUAGCAGCAGCCCCAUUCAUUGUCAAUGUGGGGGUAAAGCACCACUAUGGGCCAUCAUUAAUGUUAACCAACAUUACCUAAAUUUGGAGGAGCUGCUAGUGUUUGGUGGGAAAUUAAAUAAGCUUCGAGCCCUUCACUUAGGAACGUGGAAUCAUAUGCAACUUAGCGACAAUUACAUUGAAAAUAGUUUGGUGUUGAAUGCCCUGUUCCAAGUAGCCUGCCGCAAGCACUUGAAAUAUCUAAGCCUCAGAGGAGUUUCAGGAAUCACCUCAUUGCCUCCCUCCAUAUCUAAUUGUUGCAACCUACAAGUAUUGGACCUCAAGGAUUGCUGGAAUUUAGAAGAGGUGCCUUCGGAGAUUGGGUCACUUUCCAAACUCUCUUAUUUCAAUGUAUCAGGAUGUUCCUCGCGGCUUGAGCGCACUAGUUUAUGGGCGGUAGUUGCAAAACUUAAGUUGCUCCGAACGCUAAAGGGUGUUGCUCUUACACAGGAUGCAGAUUUGAUCUCCCUCGACUCCCAAAUAAUUCCUCACAACUUAACCAAGUUGAGCAUAAUAGUUAACUUCAAUUUUAAUGAAGUUUGCAAUUUACAAAGCUUAUGUAAUCUUCAUGCUCUAAAAAUAAGAUGGUCGCUAGAAGGUGAUGUAGUAGAUACCUAUAGGUAUGGCUUUGAGCUUCCCCCACAGCUAAGGAAACUUCAGCUACAACGCUAUCCACUACAUGAUCAGAAUUGGCCAGCUUGGCUCAAGAGGCAUCCUUCUUUGGAAACACUUCUUUUCUCUUAUUCACAGGAGAUUACGGCUUUUCCAGAUGACCUUAUGCUACCCAAACUCCAAGUUUUGUGGUUGAUAGAUGUAAGUAAGUUUGAUAAGUCAACUAUGAAACUUGGGAUGCCUCGUUGGUUUCCCUCUCUCAAAGCGUUGUUUGCAGACAGACAUUAUGAUGAAGAUUUCCAGUACACUACCCGCAUUUGGUGGUGUGCUACAGACCACUCCUAA